UCGAUGCUCUUCUUUAAUUCAACCUUGCCGCCUCUCCUCAAUCGUCUUCACCACUAACACACUCCACCUCGCGAUCUCCGACCAUGCCUGCAUUCCCCCGCAUCAAAAAGAUCAAAACCUUCGUAGUCGAGGGUGUCGGCUCCGGCGGCGACUACCACAAUGUCGCCACGGGGCAUUGGCUGAUCGACUCGAAAAUCUCCACGCCCAUGUCGCAGUACGAGGACUAUCGCUCCUCCCGCACGACCUGGGGCAUCAACGUCUUACGAUCCUUCUGCGUUGAGAUUGAGGCGACGGAUGGGACGAAGGGGUUUGCGACUGGCUUUGGAGGGCCGCCUGCUUGUUGGUUGGUUGCGGAGCAUUUUGAACGCUUCCUUAUUGGAAAAGAUCCCAGAGACACGAACAACCUCUUUGAACAAAUGUAUCGGGCGUCCAUGUUCUACGGCCGAAAAGGACUCGCCGUCGCUGUCAUCUCCGUCAUCGACCUGGCAAUCUGGGACCUGCUGGGCAAGAUCCGCAACGAACCAGUCUACAAGAUGAUUGGGGGUGCCACCCGGUCGAGACUCGACUUUUACUGCACCGGCCCGGAACCCGCGGCGGCCAAGUCGAUGGGAUUCAUUGGUGCCAAGGUCCCGCUCCCAUAUGGACUCGGGGAGGGAGUUCAAGGCAUGCGGAAGAAUGUUGAGUUCCUCACCAAGCAUCGAGAGUCGGUCGGCCCCGAUUUCCCACUUCGAGUAGACUGCUACAUGAGUCUCAAUGUUCCCUACACCAUCGAGUUGGUCGAGAAAUGCAAACAUCUGGACAUUGACUGGUGGGAGGAGUGUUUGUCGCCAGAUGAUUUUGAUGGCCACGCACUGUUGAAACGCGCACACCCAACCGUCAAAUUCACCACCGGCGAACACGAAUUUUCCAAAUACGGCUUCCGGAAGCUCGUCGAAGGGCGAAACAUUGACAUUCUCCAACCAGAUGUCAUGUGGGUAGGCGGCAUGACCGAACUCCUAAAGAUCUCCGCCAUGGCUUCCGCAUACGACAUUCCCAUCGUCCCACACGCUAGCGGACCGUAUAGUUACCACUUCGUGGUGUCACAACCCAACAGCCCCUUCCAGGAGUAUCUCGCAAACUCUCCGGACGGAAAAUCGGUUGUCCCAGUCUUUGGGGACCUCUUCCUCAAUGAGCCCGUCCCGCACAACGGCUUCUUGGAUGUGUCGGCCUUAGACAAGCCGGGUUUUGGACUUGAGCUUAAUCCUCGCGCAAAUCUGAGGGAAGCCAGCGAGAUCUGGAGUCCUGCUGUGAUGAGACCUCUCAAGAGCGAUAGUACCGAGGAGAAGCUUGUGAGCAGACAGUAGUCG